CCCUCGAGGUCUCGGAUGGAAGCAGCGUGCAACAGCAUGGCCCUCGAGAGGCUUGGGGAAGCCCUGCGCGGCAUCUCCCCCUUGCAAAGCUCCCUGCUCAUCCUCCUCUGCCUGCUCGUCGCCAUCCACCUGGGCAAGCUCCUCCUGCAGCAGCGCCGGCGGCAGGGCCAGCGCCGGGCGCCGCCGGGCCCUUUCCCCUGGCCCUUGAUCGGCAACGCGGCUCAGCUGGGCAGCGCCCCGCACCUCUCCUUCGCCCGCCUGGCCAGCACCUACGGCGCCGUCUUCCAGCUGCGCCUGGGGCGCUGGCCCGUGGUGGUGCUGAACGGGGAGCGCGCCAUCCGACAGGCCCUCGUCCGCCAGGGGGCCGCCUUUGCCGGCCGGCCGCCCUUCCCCUCCUUCCAGCUGGUGUCGGGGGGGCUCAGCCUCGCCUUCGGCGGCUACUCGGAGCUCUGGAAGCUGCACCGCCGGGCGGCGCACGCCACGGUGCGGGCCUUCUCCACCGGCAGCCCCGCGACCCGCCGGCUGUUGGAGCGGCACCUGGUGGGCGAGGCGCGGGCGCUGGUGGCACUGCUGGUGCGGGGCAGCGCCGGCGGAGCCUUCCUCGACCCCUCCCGCGUCCUAGUGGUGGCCGUGGCCAACGUGAUGAGCGCCCUGUGCUUCGGCCGCCGCUACAGCCACGGCGACGGCGAAUUCCUGCGCCUCGUGGGGCGCAACGAGCAGUUCGGGCGGGCGGUGGGCGCCGGCAGCCUGGUGGACACGCUGCCCUGGCUCCAGCGCUUCCCCAGCCCCGUCCGCGCCGCGUACCGCGCCUUCCGCGACCUCAACCGCGACUUCUACGGUUUCGUCCGCGGCAAGUUCCUGCAGCACCAGCGUAGCCUGCGCCCGGGGGCCGCCCCCCGCGAUAUGAUGGACGCCUUCAUCCGCCUGCAGCGGGAGCAGCCUUGGCUGCAGCUUGAGCACGUGCCCGCUACCGUCACCGACAUCUUCGGCGCCAGCCAGGACACCCUCUCCACCGCCCUGCAGUGGCUCCUCAUCUUCCUCAUUAGGUAUCCAAACGUGCAGGCUAGAAUGCAAGAAGAAGUGGACAGGAUUGUUGGAAGAGACCGUCUGCCCUGUGCUGAAGAUCAGCCUCGCUUGCCUUACAUCAUGGCUUUCUUGUACGAAUCCAUGCGUUUCAGCAGCUUUGUGCCUGUCACCAUCCCACAUGCCACCACAACCAACACCUUCAUCAUGGGCUACCUUAUUCCCAAGGACACGGUGAUUUUUGUUAAUCAGUGGUCAGUGAAUCACGAUCCAGCAAAAUGGUCCAACCCAGAGGAUUUUGAUCCAACAAGAUUUCUGGAUGAGAACGGAUUCAUCAAUAAAGAUCUUACUAGCAGUGUGAUGAUUUUCUCCUUGGGAAAACGUCGGUGUAUUGGAGAGGAGUUAUCCAAGGUGCAGCUCUUUCUCUUUACCUCCAUACUGGUGCAUCAGUGCAACUUUACUGCUAAUCCAAAUGAGGACCCUAAAAUGGACUUUAUCUAUGGGCUGACCAUUAAACCUAAGCCAUUUACCUUGAAUGUCACACUUAGAGAUACUAUGGAUUUGCUCGAUGAGGCUGUCCAAAGACUGCAAGCAGAGAAAGCAGGCAAUGAAAAUCAUCUGUCAGCAAAUGCCUAAGCAACAAACUUUGCCUCUACAGAUGAACUCCCUCACUCUUCUCAGACAUAAAUAAGUUAGAGUUUGUUCUGGUGGUCUUUUUGGAAAAUAGACAACAUUACAAGAGCAGGAAAUACAACUGCACAAGGUAUAAUUCAGUCUUUUUAAUUCUUGGAGAGCCUCGGGAACAAUUUAAUAUAUUAAAACAUAUGCAAUUUGAGAGCAAGACUUUUGUUUUCUAGCUUGUUCACUGAGGCUGCCUUAGUAAAGCGCUUUUAUCUACUGACUUAUUGGAGCAUCUCCAGAACUGUUUGUACAGUCUUCUCCAUGUCUCCACACAAUAUGCCUUAAUUUGUAAGUUCACCUUUAGUGACUCCACAUCCCAAGGUGAAAUCUCUUACUAGAAAAAAAGAAAAGUUGCUCAGAACAUUGCAGCCUGCCACUGAAUUAACUGAAUUCUACUGGGAACUGCCACAGCCACAAGCAACUCCUGUGUUGUGACUGCUGGGAUU